UACACCUCGAACGAACGACAAUAUACCAGACAAUGCGCUAACCGUAAUGCCCAGGAACCGAUACCUAAUCUCUGCAUACAAUCCGAUCAAAAUGCCUGCCUCCGUCCACUCCGAAGAACAAGACCAGUCCAUGCUGGACGCCUCCGCGCCUCAAGAGCAAGAGCAGACCGAUGUCCUAGAGCUGGACGAGAAGCGCAUUGUUGUUUUGCCCGGCUCGUCCGACACCGCAGCUUCGUUUCAAUUCGAGGGAGAGGGUCACACUCUGGGUAAUGCGCUGCGGUAUGCGAUUAUGAAGAACCCCGAAGUCGAAUUCUGCGGUUACACCAUCCCCCAUCCUUCCGAGACGAAGAUGAACCUUCGUAUUCAGACUUAUGAAACUACCACCGCCGUCGAAGCCCUCGAGAAAGGUCUCGACACUCUAAUGGACCUCUGUGAUGUCGUGACGGACAAGUUCACGACUGCCCGUGAUGACUUUAAUGCUGCGCAGGCGGAUCGCAUGGAGGCUUAGGCAUAUAUAUACAUAUUAUAGACUUUUGGGUGGUUUUUGGCUUUUGAUCUGUGUGUGUCAUGUUUUGCUGUUUGAUGGGAUAUGAUGGCGUUGUGUGUGUAUAGAAAAGUUAUACCUUUUCCUUCUUCUUCUUUUCUUCUUUUCUUACUCUCUUGGGGUGGUUAGAUGUAAUGGGGUUUGAUGUGGGUGUAUUGGUUGGUUGAUUGGUUGGCUGGAGAUGCAGUGGUACUUAGUAUUGAUGGGGAGGGAGUGAGGGAUACCAUAGGUAGCAUCUAUUACUAUAUGCUCAUAGAUAUCUGGGUUGG